CACACACUUCUCCUAGCUCUCCAUUACCAAUCAAUGUGAUUUACGCACAUACAUGUGUGAAUGUGGGUUUGAAUAUCGUACCUUUUUUGGAUGCUCUUCGAAUUCAGUUCGGGGCUGGAGCGAUUCUUUUUGUCCUAGUUUUGAAGCGAUAUAAGCUGGAGAGAAGCGAAUGUUGAAUACCCAAUUCAAAUUUAGCUUCCCCAGCUUCUAGAUUCUUGGAUUCUGCGACAGAGAUAAUCAGCAUUUCAUGAACUGACAUUUCGUCGAGCACCUUCUGGGCUUUGCUUCGACGAAACGCUUUAAUUCAUUUUCUUGGUUUGAUUUGUGUUCUAAUGGAGUCGAAGAUGGGGGAUGAGCAGAAGAGCUUGAUAGACGAGUUGACACAAGGGAGGGAGCUCGCGAGGCAGCUUCAAGUCCACAUCAACAUGCCGUCUUCAUCGCCGGAGACGCGGGAUUUCCUGGUGCAGAAAAUUUUGGUUUCGUAUGAAAAAUCUCUUGCCCUGCUCAAUAUCUGCAGUCGUACCGGCUCGUCGGCGGCGGGGAAUGUUGCGGGGACGUCGGAAUCGCCGCAAUCGAUGAGUGCAAGUCCCCGGAGUGAAGACUCCGAUCGUGAUACCCUCAAGGACCAAGAGCCCAGAGAUAGUUCCAAGAAAAGGAAGGCGAUGCCAAGAUGGACACAGCAAGUGAGAAUUACUCCAGGAACAGGACUGGAAGGUCCUCUUGAUGAUGGAUUUAGCUGGAGGAAGUACGGACAGAAAGAUAUUCUUGGGGCCAAAUAUCCUAGAGGGUACUACAGGUGUACUCAUCGAAACGUCCAAGGUUGUCUGGCAACAAAACAAGUUCAAAGAUCCGAUGAAGACACCACCAUCUUCGAGAUAACUUACCGUGGCCGCCACACCUGCAACCCAGCUUCUUCCUCCGGCGCCGUCACUCCUCCCCUGCAACAGCCGGAAAAUCAAGAACAGAAACCUGUUACAGAUUCCGGCGAACAAACGACGUCGUCCCACCUUCUUCCACCCCAUCAUGACCAGCGCCAACAACACCCGCAGCAAUUGCUGUUAGAUCUCCGAAAUGGACUUAGGAUUAUCACCGACGAUUUGGACAGAAUUCACCAACCCCCAUUCUCUUCUUUUAACUUCCAAACUCCGUCAAACUCGGCUAUGAACUAUGAAGCUCAUUAUCAUGGACUCUCGCCGGCUUCCAUAGCUGAUAACGGUGGUUUCGUCGGAAACUUCUCGCCGAGCUUCAUAUCGCCGGGGACCUCUGGGUCCAACGGCUAUUUCCGUACUACUAGAACCACUAAUGAGAUUCGUGAAGCUAACUUUCGAAACUCUGAGUCCGAACUCGCUGAGUUAAAUAACUUUGGUAACUCGGGUACGAACUCACCGACUGUUGGGUUGGAUUUCCCGUUCGGCAACGUUGAAUUGGACCCGAACUUCGCAUUUGGCAGCCCUGGAUUUUUUUCUUAAUUAGUUAUUGAAAUGUAAACGAUUGGAUAAAAUGCGCGUAGAUUAGAGAACCUGAAUUUACUUUUUUGCCACCAUAAAAUGUUGACUGGUCAACGGAUUGAAGUCA